ACCUAAUUUAACUAACUCAUCAACUUCAUACAUCACUCACAAUACAUUACACAGAAAUGGCCUCAAUCACCAUGACAGCUUCCUUCCUCGGCACCAGCCUCGCCACCACCCAGUCUCCGGUGGCUUCUCACCGGAGACAUUCAGUUGUUGCCAGUGCUGCAAAAGGAGCUGAAAUGGAAAAGAGUAAGGUGAAGUUUGAGGCCAACAAAGAGAGCAGCAAUGGCAGGAGGGAGUUGAUGUUUGCUGCUGCAGCUGCCGUAAUCUGCUCUGUUUCCGGGAUUGCCAUGGCCGAGGAGCCGAAAGCUGGCACCGCAGAAGCCAAGAAGUUUUAUGCACCGGUUUGUGUCACCAUGCCAACGGCAAGGAUCUGUCGCAAGUGAAGAAAAUCCAUUAUUAAUUGUUUGUAACUUGAUUUCUCUGCUAUUCUGAACUUUUUUUAUUUGGCCUCAUCAAAAUGCUGCUGUACUUUCUCCCACAGUUGAUGCUCUCAUUUAAGUGUUUCACACAACAUUAGAUCUCCAGCUUUGUGUGUUGGAUAAAUGGCACCAACUGAUAUAUCUACCUCCUAAUAUAAUGUUCAUUUUCAUAUUACGUU